AUAAAUAUAGUCACAUAUUUAAGUGGUUCUACAGUAAAGACAGAUUAAUCUAGUCGUUGCGAGAAGAUUUAAAACUAUUCUUCAGAACCCGCCGAGAUGUCCAAGGCUGAAGCCUCGUUCUGUGUCAAGUGCCCAGUGGGAAAGUGUGGCUGUACAGGUUCGGCUUGCUGUAGCACCAACUGUAGAUGUCCCGGAUGUAAGGUCAACUGCGCAUGCUUCUCGGCGAAGAGUGCGACCUGUCCUGAUGGAAUUUGCCAGAUGGGGGUUCCGUGUAGAUGUGGCUGUAAGUGCAGCGCCGCAUGCAAGUGCCCUAACUGUAAGGCCGGAUGUAAAUGUGGAGGCGCCAACUUCGUCUGUUCCGUGGAGUGCCUGUCAGGCCAAUGUUGUGGAACCAGGGCCUGCCAAUGCAGCGGAAAGUGUGCAUGUCCAGCAUGCAGAUGUAACUGCGCAGCUGGGACCUGCACGUGUGGUGUUGGCUGUACUGGACCAAGAACAUGCAGGUGUGCUUCAGGUUGCACUUGUAAGCAGUAAACGAUGUCGUCUUCGGAAAAAUCCGAGGUCAUCUUGAAUGGAUUGUCCAACCGUUUCUCCGCUGUAUGUGGAUAUCUUGAUAGACGUUUAAAUCUUAAUUUCUGAUUUGAAGCAUUCUUUUUUGGUGGUUUAAAUUGACAUUUUUUCCUAGCAUCUGAUGAUUUAAUAUAAAGUGAUCGUCAAAAUUAGUCUUAUUAUCCAAUUAAUUCGGAGCUUUUUCAAAAACCUGAUUGAAAUAAAACAUGAUAAAGACAUA